AAGAGACAGACACUGUCUCCACUCUCCAUGCCUCAGGAAGCUGCUGAUGUAUUUUACGUCUUUUGCAGCCUCACUCUGAUCUUAUUGGUCCAGUUCAGCCGGACCAAUGAAGAGCUUCCGUGUGCAGGAUGUUGGCAGUUGGAGUUGUUUUUUCUCCCUCGUUAGAGGCUCUGAGGAGCUUUUGCACCCAGUGACGUGCCAGUGCAUCCUCCUUUCAUUCAACUUUUAAUCUUGCGUUGCUUUGCAUCACCUGGAGGACUUCAGGACCAGGAGCUGUCCACUCUCCACUCACACUCACACUCCACCCUUAGCGUCACGAUCUCUAAUACACACACACACACACACACACCCUUCCACACUUGAGGCACUGACAUGCCGGGCUGCAGUGCGUGAAAAAGGAAGCGACAAAGUGCAUACGGAGUGCAGCUGAGUCUCAACGCAGUCAUGGGCGUUCUGAUGUCCAAGAAGCAGCAAGUGGAAAAGGUUCAGAAAUGCAACGCGGUGGUCUCAGCAUUUCGUGAGGGUCUUAAGACCCAGCCGAGUGCCACUCAGGCGCAAAACGACUCCGAGAUUAAAGAUGAGGCUCCAAACCAUCCGGAGUCUGAUGAGUCCGGACGAAAAGAGGAGGAUGGGAAACCUGGGCCUUCCACCGUUCCACCCAAAGAGGAGAACAAAGCCAAUCAGGAGGCCUGGGGCCGCUUACGGGAUGGGAAAGGAGUAGAGCCUGAGGAUUUACAUAAAUUGCAUCAGCUCACACCGCCAGCGUUUAUAAGGCCGAAGAGGCAGCCGAAUGACGAUCAGCCCAUACAGAUCGAGCUUGAUCAGAGAGAGCAGCCAGUAAAUGACGAGAUGUGCGAGGUGUGUGAAGUGUGGACGGCGGACGAUCUGUUCCCAUGUCGGACAUGUACGAGGGUGUUUCAUGAUGGCUGCCUGAAGGAGAUUGGAUACCUGCGCGCUGACACUGUGCAGGAGAUGAGAGACACGGCUCACACCACCACGGGCUGGAGCUGCUACUACUGCGACAACGUGAACUUGCUCCUUACUGAAGAAGAGAUGUACAGCCUGAUGGAAACAUUCAAGCAGUGCAAGAUCAUCCCAGAAUCCUGUCUUGUCUCAGACGAGCUCCUUCAGUACAGGCACUUCGUGUCCAAGCAGCUGUUUGAGAAGGAUCUGACGGACGAUCAGGAGGAGGAGGUGCUGGCCCAGUUCGCUGCUCUUGACCCAGAGAAGAAGGGACAGAUAGAGUGGUCAGAUUUCCUGUAUCACGAGUCGCUGUCCGUACUGCAGAAAUUUCGGACAGAGAACUCCCUGGUGCGUUUGCUUACGGCUAAAGAGCGAGACCGAGCGCGUGCAAUCUUCCAGAGUCUGGACCAGGAUAAAGACGGUGUUAUCACGGGUGGAGAGAGUCGGCGAGCCCAAACCUCAUGGUUCCAUAAGCACAGCAAAGAGCCUCAGUCCUGCAGCGUCAGACUCAGGGGAUUGUGUUCUCCUGUAAUGAAUAUGGGCAUCAGCCAUGUAGGCCCGAUAUCAGAGAGCAGUCCUGCCAGCUCAAGCAGUGACAAGAGCAGAGACAAGGCUAUGGAGAAGUACGACAACAGGCCGGUGACAUGGGACGCGUUCUUGCGCGAGAGCGCCAUCUACAUCCUGGCUGCUCGACCCAACAGCGGCGCCAUGCACAUCCGCCUGCCCCUGUAAUCCCGCCAAAGUCACCCUGGGGUCUGUAGGAUGGCAGUACAGCGCCCCCUAGACGUGUGGAAAAAGUCCUGGCGCUGAGAAAGGACGUGACACUCAGAGGCUGUAUAAGCCAUCGACGCACCCCGUCUCAAACAGAACACUAUUACUUCUAUAAGAGCUCACUGAAAAAAAAAAAAAAAAAAAAAAGAUUUUCUGAUUUUUUUUUUCCUGAGAUGUAUCUCUGGCACAUAUUGUAACCCGACCGAUCGCAGCUCAGGUGUCGGUCGGGUGAGAAGAUUGACAGCUAUUUCUGUAUGUAAGCUAUAAGGAGCACUGCCAUCUACUGUGUAUAAAAUAGCAAAAACGCACCACAGUAUUAAACCAUCAGCCUUUAAAUAUCCAGUGUUAGUCACUUGUGAUCAGAAUACGUGUGGGAUAACGGUGUUUGACCAGUUUUAAAGCCAUUGUAAACAAGAAAAGGACAAAAUGACCUUCAGUGUAGUGAGUAGCACAAGCACUAACAGGAGCGAAAGCGAUCUGCAUAUAUUAUAGAAUAUAUAUAAAAUAUAUAAAUGUGAAUAUUAAUAUGUAUUAUAUGUGUAUUUAUUCCUGAACCUCGUAGUUUUAAAAAUGUCCUGGUUUUAGAUGCACCAUGUUCUUCUUCUUCUUUUUUUUAUUAUUACAACCGUGCUAGUGAGUUAAGUGCAGACCAUUUAAUGAUAGGGGUUAAAUUUGUCACUAUUUGCCCAAUCCAACCAAAUCAAAGACUGACUAUUCACUGGCAUGUAAUUUUAAAUAGCUAAUCUUCUAAUCACUGGGUUAAAUUCUCCUGAGCAUUACCAGACGCUCAGUUUGAAUCUUUUAAUGAUUUGUUCCCCCCAGUUGACUCCUGAUGAUAAAUAUGUUGAAUUGAACCUAAAAACUUUGAAACCCUUGCCAGACUAUUUUUAGAAGCAAACCAAGCUCAGUAUAACAAUCUAUCAGCUCUUAUAAACAGUACUAAGUGGCUUCUACAGUGUUGUUAUUUUUGAGGGUCCAGCUCAGUGUACUUGCUUCAGUGGUGAUCACUUGUUGAGUCGAUUGAAGCAGUAGGUUCAAGUGAAAGUGCAGCGCUCCAAAUUCCGCAGCAGUUACUGGAAAUAAAAGCAUGGCAUUAACUCCACAACU